AACAUUGCAGCCCAAAGAGAGUGGCCCAUGCAGCCCAACGCAGAUUACUUAUUUGAAGGUACCUGAAAAGUGAAUGUGCUUCACUGUGCUGAUAUAAAUUUAUUGUUUUCAUAUUGAUUCUGUUCUGAUUCUGGCUAUCCUUCAAUUGGCAAAUUCAAUCUCUUAAAAAUGUUGACUUGUAACAUUUGUGGCUUUAACGCUCGUUCUUCGACUGAUUACUUGAAACACUCAUGGCUAAACUGGAGGAAUUAGGAGUUAUCUCUGUAGAUGACCUGAGCCUUGUGGACCCGGAGGACAUUAAAGACACACUGCCAUUCAUUCAGUACAAAAGAUUCGUCAGAGCUGUCAAAGCAUUGGAAGCAGAUUCACAAACUCCACCGCAGUUCACCCGGCCUGGCCCCUCAUCAACACCUGAACCACAGAGGUUUCAGCUGCCCUCAACACCACCUGAGACAGCCGACUCCCCAUCCCAAGACACAUAUUCUGUACCAUGGCACAAAUUUCCCUCAAAAGUCAUGGAUGAGUUGCGUGAAAAAAAGUACAUAAUGGGGAAAGACAGACGAGAGAUGGUUCGGAUCGUCCCUGAAGAUUACCUCCAUAAACACCCAGGAAGACCUGGUAGACAAAAGCUGAGGGAACUCGCCAGUAUGAUUGUAGGACAAUAUCCUGCCUCCUUCAAGCUGACAGAGCCGUUUGGAAACAAACCUUUUGCAAAAGAUGGUUCUGAAACUCUCUUUCGUCAGCUGGAACACAGAAUUGAAAAUAUGAAGAGGCCACAAAGCUCACUGAAGAGGCAAGCAGGGGGUGAAAAUUCAACAAAGAAAAGGCCCAGGAAUUCAGAUCUGUAUGGAUGUGUGGCGUGGGAUCCAAUCAUUGAGGGGGCCGUGUGUAGAGAAGACCUGCUGUCUAAACGAGAUGAGUUGAAACGUGCCUUUCAAACCCAGGAUCUUCAGGAGUCAUCUGUUCGAAAAUUGAUGACUGAAACAUAUCCCAUUCAGCGUGAAAUCCUCAACGAUGAUGAUACCACUAUUGCCGUUGUAAAGGACGAGUGGCCGUUCCUGUUUGAAGUUCCUCACCUGUUUGAUCAUGCAUCUAAACUCCUUGGCUUCUCUGUACAAAACAAGCUGGCACAGGAACUUUCCAAAAAAGAAAAGGGGAUCAAUGACUUCCUUGACUCCAAAGGGAUGAAGACGGGCGAAGGUCCAAUACAGCUCAUCUGUGGCAUUUCAAAAUACUUCAAGGAAGACUCUUAUAAACUCUUCCACAAAAAAGAGAUCUCUGCAGAUCCUGAAGUCGAACUCCCAGUGCAUGCAUCCUGA